ACAAAGCGACCCAGGGCCUCGCCAUGGCUCCUCGGCUCCGGGGGCUGGCCCUCCUCUGCCUUCUGCUGGGCCUGCGGGGUUCCCUGGUGGCAGUCUUUGUCUCCCAGGAGCAAGCCCACAGUGUCCUGCACAGGCCCCGGCGCGCCAACUGGUUGCUGGAGGAACUGUGGCCUGGAUCCCUGGAGCGCGAGUGCAGGGAGGAGUUCUGCUCCUUCGAGGAGGCCCGGGAGAUCUUCCAGAGCAAGGAGAGGACGAAUCAGUUCUGGAUUUCUUACAACGACGGGGACCAGUGCGCCUCCAGGCCCUGUCAGAACGGGGGCUCCUGCGAGGACCAGCUGCAGUCCUACCUCUGCUUCUGCCUGGAUGGCUUCGAGGGCCGGAACUGUGAGACGGACAAGAAGAGCCAGCUGAUCUGCCCGAAUGACAACGGUGGCUGUGAGCAGUACUGCAGGGAUGACGCGGAGGCUGGGCGCACCUGCUGGUGCCACGAGGGGUACGCGCUCCAGGCGGACGGGGUGUCCUGCACGGCCACAGUUGAAUAUCCGUGCGGAAAAAUGCCUGUUCUGCAAAAAAGAAACGACAGCAACCCCCAAGGCCGAAUCGUGGGUGGUCACGUCUGCCCCAAAGGGGAGUGCCCCUGGCAGGCCAUGCUGAAGCUGAAUGGGGCGCUGCUGUGCGGGGGCUCCCUGCUCGACACCGUCUGGGUGGUCUCCGCAGCCCACUGUUUCGACAGACUCAGAAGCUGGAGGAACCUGACAGUGGUGCUGGGCGAGCACGACCUCAGCCAGGACGAAGGUGACGAGCAGGAGAGGCAGGUGGCUCAGGUCAUCAUUCCCGACAAGUACGUCCGGGGCAAGACGGACCACGACCUGGCCCUGCUGCGCCUGGCGCGGCCCGUGGCCCUCGGCGACCACGUGGCGCCCCUCUGCCUGCCCGAGCGGGCCUUCGCGGAGCGGACGCUGGCCUUUGUGCGCUUCUCGGCCGUCAGCGGCUGGGGCCAGCUCCUGGAGCGCGGCGCCACGGCCCUCCGGCUCAUGGCCGUUCACGUGCCCCGGCUCCUGACCCAGGACUGCCGGCAGCUGUCGCGCCGGAGGCCCGGAGGCCCCGUCGUCACUGACAACAUGUUCUGCGCCGGCUACACGGACGGCAGCAAGGACGCCUGCAAGGGGGACAGCGGGGGCCCGCACGCCACCCACUUCCAGGGCACCUGGUACCUGACGGGUGUCGUCAGCUGGGGCGAGGGCUGCGCAGCCGCCGGCCACUUCGGCGUCUACACCCGGGUCUCCCAGUACACGGCCUGGCUCCGCCGUCUCAUGGGCUCCCCACCACCCUCGGGGGGCCUCGUCCGGGCCCCGCUGCUGCCCUAGCACCCGCCCCGCAAAUAAAGCCGCCAUGUGUGCCCGGUCUUCCCGCGCCAAA